AUGUUUGCUCCGGAUACUCUUGUGUUGAUCGGAUCGUUUUUGGAAAUUUCAGACAUUCUCAAAAGCAUGUCUGGUGUUUGUAAAUUUUGGAAUCAAGUGAGUUUGGGAGAUUUUUUGUGGAAAAUCGUAUUUCAGAGAGAGUUUGGAACAGUAGAUUGGUUUUUAGAGAAAUUAAAUUCAAAUUAUUAUUUUUAUGGAGAGUGGUUUGGGUAUGACAGCCUUGACGAUGAAGAUUACGAAGAUACAUCUCCCAUUACUCUUGAACUCGUUCAACAAGUUCUUGAAGAUUGUUAUGGUGAAAAUAGAUUUUGGUUGAGUUUAUUCAAGUUGGUUGUUUCCAUGAUUCCAAUCCAGAAUUAUAAAAUGAUGACUGAAAAACAAAUUAUUCAAUCUUUAGAAGCACAACCAAGAGCACAGAAGGCUGUGGAUUAUGACGAUGAAGAAGAAUUUUUCAAACAAGACUACCUAGCUCCAAAGGCGAAAAUGAGCAUGAGUCACAACUCGAGUCUUAUUUCUUAUAACUAUUGCUACUUUACCGUACGAGUGAAAAGGAUGUUGGACGAUAUCGAUUCCAGCAAGGUUCAGGGCGCUCCUGUUUUGAGAAAAGCAGUGAAUGGUUGUACAACGACUCACAAACUUGCAGUCAUUUUGAGCAUUUUCGAUCGACAUGGAAUGAUUUUAAAUUAUUUUGGAUCCAACUCUUCCACAACACAGAAAUAUUUGAACAAGAUCACAGAUGAAUUGGCAAUUCAUGCUCAAAACAUCACCAAGUAUGACUUGAUGAACAAAGAAAAGCCAGCACUUCCUCGAACACCAUACAUUUCUGAAUGUGAUCAGAUGUGUGUUGGUUUGAAAGACUCUCAUCAUUCCAUUUCCAUUUUGAAAUUUUGUUAUUCCAUUUUAUGCAGCAAAGAGCAAAAUAUUUAUCAGCCAACCAUUCUUCCUAACGUAGCAGAUGGAUCGAAUGGUAUUGAGGAUGACGACGAACAUCUUGCAACCAACGUUUCAGUGGGACCUUUAACUGAAGAUUCGUUCAUGCCAUUCGUCAACUAUAUAUUAAUGGACAAAGCUUCAUCUGAUUUUUAUGCAACCAAAGAGCAGCAGAGCACUGAAUUCAGGUCCGGUAAGCCAGGAUGGUGUUACGGAUUUUGGAAUGCUAAUUUAUAUUGGUUUCAUGUGGCUUAUUUUAACACCUUGCUGAAAUUUGGAGGUGGGAAUGAUUUUAUUUUGAGAGUAGAACAAGAUCAGUCGAAUGUUUUGCAUAACUUGUGCUGA